CCCAAACUCCAAGCCUCCCAAUUUUCUGGUUUGUCCCUUUUUUUCCCUUUCCCGCCCCCACCCCACCCCACCCUUUUCCUUUUCUUUCUAGUCCAUACCGACCUUCUGUUUGGAUGCCGAGAAAAUUAAAUCUCUCUCCCUCUGAGAUCGAAAAGCAUCAAUCUUCACUGACUUUUUUUCUCGGCAACCAAACAGCCGAUUAUCUGAUUCUGUUUAUUAUGUCAUUGUGCAGCAACUAAUUCGAUUGCUAUUACAGUGAAUCCACUGCUGGUUUCGAUCACAAGAUGCUCCCCAGAGUGGUUUCGAUCGUCUCUAACUUUCUCUUGAUCGGCUUUGUGGUCUCUCUGUCUCUCCCUUGCAGGUCUGAUGCAACUGCAGAGAAGGAGAUGACAUUAGCAAUAAUAAAGCCAGAUGGGUUGUAUGAUAACUACACUGAUAAGAUAAAGAAUGCUAUUUCGGAUUCUGGGUUUAGAAUCCUCAACGAAAGGCUCGUCCAACUCGACGAGGACGCUGCAAUGAGCUUCUAUGCCGAGCAUUCUUCGAGGAGCUUCUUUUCUGACCUAGUCAGUGGACCAGUAUUGAUUAUGGUUUUGGAGAAGGAAAACGCUGUUGCAGAUUGGCGCACUUUAAUUGGCCCAACUGAUGCAAGUAAAGCAAAGAUUACUCAUCCCAACAGCAUAAGAGCAAUGUGCGGGAAGGAUUUACAAAGAAACUGUGUUCAUGGGUCGGAUUCUCUUCAAUCAGCUCAACGAGAGAUCUCAUUUUUCUUCAAAGAAAAGUCUCCAGGCAGCGGAAGCAUGGGGCAUGACGAAUUGUAGUCAAUGAAAGCUCAAAGCAGGACUACCUGUCUUAGAAAGGGCUGUUUACAUUCAAAUGUUCCACACAAUGUCUGGAAGGACAAGAACAACUCCUGUGCCAAUUCUUUAUGACAGUUUGGCCCUCUGUUACCAAUUGCUACAUCGUACAAAUCUCUUCAAUCUCGGGUUCGAUCAACUCUGCUCUUUUCUCGUGACUUACAUAUGAUCUUAUCUAUUUAAGUUGUCAAGUAUCACAGGCCGGAUAUCACAUGGAGCUUCCUAAGCGAUGUUUUUUGUAUUGUUAUUCACCUAAGUUGUGUUGAAAACAUCAGUUUUCUUCCCCAUAUCUCAAUCCAGUUUCACCUUCGGGACACAGUUCGUCAGGUGAUAAUUUACAUCCAUUGUUGUAUACAUGUACACGAGGGGAAUGUGCUCAUGUUAAACCGUCUGAUAUGUUAAUGUUGGACUUCGAUAUAGACAGUUUGUUUACAUGGAUUCAUAUUGGAAUGUGUGAUCCAGAUUGACAGACUUCUUUUUUUGGAAAUCGCUGUAUUUGCUGAUUGCCUCCUCCUCCUGGAACUUGUAAAGAGGCUGCCAGUUUUCCCAUGAACUUUUAUUUUAAUCAAUUUCCCAAUGAACUUUUAUUUUUCA